CUCAUUCCUCAUCCACUCCCCCCUCACUUUCACUCUCGUCUUCCGAUUACGUGUCCCAAUCCGGGAGGAGCAGCGGCCUGUCUCUGGUAGGAGCGCUCGUACGCCAGAAAAUCUCUUAGAAACAUAUGGUGUUUGCUCGACUCUUGUUGCCGUGUGGAAUGCACGGAACCGAGAGAGAGAGAGAGAGAAGAAAUGACUUCAUCGCCUCUUGCUUUGGCACUCGGCCCGCCCAGGCCAUUGGUCUGUUCGUCCACUUCACCAUUAAACGGCCGAAACGACGUCGUCGGUGUCCUCCCGCUGAAACCUGCUGCUUUGUCCGCGUUUUCUCUCGCCGAUGGAAGAACCACCAUCCCCACCGCUGCCGCUCGCAAGUCGAAUACCGUGGCUGGCCGCCGCAGAAGAAGGACGAUACAGUGCGAAGCCGCGUUGAGGUCUGAUUCCGCAACAUCCGUGGAUGACUCGGCGUCGAUUUCAGCGUCCGUAUCGGUGGAAGACGAGGAUUUGAGCACCGCGACGGCUGGGGUGGGGAAGGUCGGAGCGCGGGUUAGGGUUAAGGUCCCUCUGAAGGUUUUCCACGUUCCCAGAGUCCCCGAGGUCGAUCUCGCUGGCAUGGAAGGCAAAGUCAAGCAAUACGUUGGCCUUUGGAAGGGAAAGCGCAUUUCAGCCAAUCUUCCUUUCAAGGUUGAGUUCGUCACCGAGAUUGAAGGUCGUGGCCCUGUGAAGUUCUUUGCCCAUCUCAAAGAGGACGAGUUCGAAUACGUUCAUAGCACUUGAAUUUGCGUUCGUUCUCCUUUUCCUUUUUCUUGUCCUUUUUUUUUUUUUUUUCUCGAAUCCCUUUGUUUGUGUUUUCUCCUCAAUUACUCUUGCUAUGGGGUAGGCUGAGAGGCACGCCGCCACAACGAUAUUCAAAAUCAUCAGACCCAGCAGUACCCUACUGUCUAAUAAUACCCAGCUUGCAUUAUUUUAAGCAUUACACUUGGAGUAAGCUUUGUUGUACUUCUCCAAUUGUUUUAGGAGAUUUUUUUUCCUUAAUAAUAAAAUUCCAGUCUUUCUGUA